AUGCUAUAAAUAAUGAAUACUGUUUAGAAAAUAAAAGAUUCAAAAUCAAUUUCAAAUGAGAGUAUAAGGAUUGAUUCAUCUCAAUCAAAUGUAAUACAUAAUAUUGAUAAAACACAAUUGUAUUAUAAAUAUGUAAUUAUAAUAGUUAGAAUCCCGUUUUUAAGAUUGCCCCAUUAGAUAAUUUUCAAAGUGUGAGUGAUAAUAAAUAUUCACAUAUAUUUAGUUCAUUUGCUCAAUCUCCUAGACAAGAGGAAUAAUAACACUUAAAUUAGUUAGGAAAUUAGUAAAAAUCAAAAAAGAGAGCAUUUUCUUUAACAGAACCUGAAACAAUAAAAAAAGAUCACAAAUACAAUGCAUCUGAUGGAGAUUUAAUAAAUUAGAAAACAUAUACUGUCCAUACAACAAGAAUAUUAGAAUGUAUAAGGAAAGAAAGAGAUAAUUAAUUAAAUGCUGAAACGCCAAAACUAGGUUAAAAUUAGUUAUAGGAUUCAUAAUUAACAGUAAAAUAGAUAUAUGAUUAAUAAUAAUAUUAUUCUCCAAGAAAUAUGGAUCAUAAAUUUAAUGAUUGUUCUAGUUUUGAAGCUAAAUAAACAUAAACAACUACAAUAGGUUCAAUCACUAGUAAAAAUCAAUUAGAUAAUAUAUUAAAAGAAUGUUUAUUAAAUUUUGAGAAGAAUAAGGCAGUUAGAGCUGAUGAAUAUGUUGCCUGUCUUAUAUUUUGA